AUGGCGGCGGACGGGGACUGGCAGGAUUUCUAUGAGUUCCAGGAGCCGGCCGGGAGCGUCCAGGACCAGGAGAACUGUAACGCGAGCCCGGAGGCCGGAGCUGGGGCCCACGCGAGCGGCGACAGCUUCCCGGCCUUGGCCUGCAGCCUGGAGGAGAAGCUGAGCCUGUGCUUCCGCCCCUCGAUGGACGCCGAGCCCCCACGGGCCACCGUGCGGCCCAUCACCAAGCGCAGCCUCUUACAGGAGGACGAGAUUUGGAAUGCCCUAACAGACAAUUAUGGGAAUGUCAUGCCUGUAGACUGGAAGUCAUCCCAUACUUUGCAUUUGCUCACACUGAACCUCUCAGAGAAAGGGAUGAGUGACAGCUUGCUCUUUGACACCUCAGAUGAGGAGGAGCUGAGGGAGCAGUUGGAUAUGCAUUCGAUCAUCGUCUCCUGUGUCAACGAGGAGCCUCUCUUCACUGCAGACCAGGUUACUGAAGAAACUGAAGAGAUGAUGCAGAAAUCACCAGACCCGGAAGAUGACGAGACCCCCACACAGUCAGACCGGCUCUCCAUGCUCUCCCAAGAGAUCCAGAGUCUUAAGAGGUCUAGUAUGAGCAGCUAUGAAGAGAAAGUGAAAAAGCUCUCAGUAUCCGAACUCAAUGAGCUGCUGGAAGAAAUUGAGACAGCCAUCAGGGAGUACUCCGAGGAGCUGGUGCAGCAGUUGGUUCUGAGAGAUGAGCUGGAGUUUGAGAAGGAGGUGGAGAACAGCUUUAUUUCUGCCCUGAUUGAGGUGCAGAACAAGCAGAAAGAGUACAGAGAGACAGCCAAGAAGAAGACGCUUAAAAACGGCACCUCUCAGAAUGGGAGGAAUGAGAGAAGUCACAUGCCAGGCACAUAUUUGACGACAGUCAUCCCUUAUGAGAAAAAGAAUGGCCCACCGUCUGUCGAGGAUCUUCAGAUAUUAACAAAAAUUCUGCGGGCCAUGAAGGAGGACAGCGAGAAAGUUCCAGGCUUGUUAACUGACUAGAUUCUGAAAGUUCUGUGUCCUACGUAGAGCAGCAUCACCUGGAGCGCUUCCCCUUCUAUGGACUCCAGGCUUGAUCUCCUAUGGUGUCACUGGAAGGUGGCUAUCACGAGUCCCUGCUUUUGGAGACCCAGCACACUUGAACUUGGAUUUGCAAUUCAGUGUUAAUAGAUCACGACUUCACUAAUCCAUUAUAUUCUAGCACCGAGAGAGCUAUGGCACUCUUGAAUUCUGGAGAUAGGUUUUGGAAAACUUAACCAUUGUGAACUGGUUUCGGACUUAGCAGAUCGAGGAUAGAGAGAGGGAUAGGGACUGUGCAUGCCGUUACGGUCUCCGUUGACAGUGUGGCUGUUGGUUUUUGACCUCCUCCAUCUGAACUGCACUGAAGAACUAGAUUUCAAGCACUGGGAGAGUCAACCGGAGCUGUUCUCCAGGGAUGGUGAGAAUCAGUGUUGAGAGCAUCUUGAGAACACUACCUGCCAGUGUUGUCCAGAGACUGAGUCCAGUGUGGGCUGUUGUGAAGCGGAACACCACACCUGCACUGCCUUGACCUGAUCGUGGAUGCCGGUCACUGUUGGGAACUCAUUUUGUAACUUUGGCCUAUUUCACCAUUGUUGACUUGUGAGUCAUUAGGAUGCCAUUUGGAGUCAUUAUGAACGUGGGUGUUCUGUGUCUGUGAAGAAGUGUGUGUUGAAAGAGGUCCAUGCCCUCUAAGGUGCUUAAGGAGCUACUAUGGUACUGCCUGUUCUCAUGGUUGUGUUCAGUUUUAUUUACACCUGUGUGCUUUUCUAGAACAAGCUGCUCACGGCUACAGCACUAAUCAUGAACACUUUUGGCAGUUUCAAUCAAGUCAAUGACAUUUAAUAAAAUAAUACAUACUUA